GCGCUUUCGUGAACGCGCCGCCCUGCGGGGCGCUGCGCCGUUACGGCCCCGCCCCGGCCCGCCCCCGCCACAGGGGCGCCGUCAUGGCGGCGGAGCGGGAGCGGCGCUUCUACCGGCAGCUGCCCAAAGUGGAACUUCAUGCUCACUUGAAUGGCUGUAUCAGUUCUUCUACUAUGAAGAAACUUAUAGCACAGAAACCAUACCUUCAGAUCCAGAAUGGAAUGACUGUGAUUGACAAAGGAAAGAAAAGAACCUUAGAUGAAUGUUUUCAGAUGUUUCAGAUCAUCUAUCAGAUUACAACAAGGACUGAAGAUAUUUUACUGAUAACUAAGGAUAUUGUUAAAGAAUUUGCUGAUGAUGGUGUCAAAUAUCUGGAAUUAAGGAGCACUCCUCGAGAAGAAAAUUCCACAGGUAUGACCAAAAGGAUGUAUGUUGAAACUGUACUUGAGGGUAUAAAGCAGUGUAAAGAAGAAGGCUUGGAUAUAGAUGUAAGAUUAUUAAUAGCAAUAAAUAGAAGAGAUGGCCCAACAGUUGCUAAGCAGACUGUUAAACUUGCUGAAGAAUUCUUUCUUUCCACUGAUGGGGUUGUAGUAGGACUUGACCUCAGUGGCGAUCCAAAUGCAGGGCAUGGUCAAGAUUUUUUUGAACCCCUCUCAGAAGCAAAAAAAGCAGGUCUGAAGCUGGCAUUGCAUCUUUCAGAGAUUCCAAAUCAAGAGGAGGAGACCAAAAUUCUCCUGGGCCUGCCUCCUGACAGGAUUGGACAUGGAACGUUUCUCAACUCUGCAACAACUGGCUCAGAAGAAUUAGUGCCACUUGUUAGGCAGAAUCAUAUACCUAUUGAACUUUGCAUGACAUCAAACAUCAAAACUCAGACAGUGCCUUCUUGUGACAAACACCAUUUUGGAUACUGGUACAACAUUGGCCACCCUGCCGUGCUUUGUACUGAUGAUAAAGGCGUAUUUGCAACAGAUUUGUCUCAAGAAUAUGAACUGGUUGCAAAAACAUUUAAUCUGACUCGAUCGCAGAUGUGGGAUCUUUCCUAUGAAUCAAUCAACUAUAUCUUUGCUUCAAAUGUAGUGAAAUCAAAGCUAAGGGAGCAGUGGUGUAAACUGAAGCCAACUCUGUUUGUUUAAUCAAACAACUGCUCUAAACAUCUUAGGUACAUUAGCUUAAUUAGUUGUUUUUUUUUUAAUUGUUCUUUUUUUUUUUUUAAGACAAAAAUCCUUGGUUUUAGCCUAUUCCAGAUGUUAGGCUUAUAAAUCUGGUCCACAAACCAAGCCAUUGUAAAAAGAAGACAGACAUGCAUCCUUUGGUAGCAAGGACAAAAGUGAAUGUCCUUUCGUAGUUGGGAAGGGCCCUAAAUCAGUGACUAAAGUUUCAAAUAUAUCAUCAUGCAGUGUCUCUCUACUUGAUAGGACAUUAAAAGAUAAUGAAGUACUUGAAUGGAAUACAUUAUCUUACUAGAAACACUGGGGACUGAGAAUAAAGGUACAGUUGUUAGGGUUCAAAGGCUGUCUGUUGGCAGCAUUAUGCCAAGCCGUGGAUAUGGGUUGUGGAUUUGUUUCUUUGUAUUGUUUUCAAACAGAAGUUUUAAGCAAUUAAUUGAAUGUGAAAACAACCUCAGGGAGAAGGAGGUAUUUGUCUCAAGGGACUUGAAUACUGCAUCUACUUUUGUUGGCAUACCUGUAUGACUGAAUCCUGCUGUGGGUUCUCCAGUGUAAUGGGAGUGUCCAUGGGUAUACUCAAUCCUGAUAGUAUUUAGACAAAGAUUAGAAUCUUGAAAGCCUUAGAAAUGGUGACCUACCUGGAGGAAAUUCUUGAAAUGCUCUAAUUUCUAUCUGCUUAUUGUAAAAAGCAAUAAAAAUAUUUUGAGCGUACGUGUUUUCAGAACAACUCCAUCGUGUGUGUGUGUGUGUGCAUUUGAGAUUUGUAGGACAGGAAUGUGUCGCAGCGCAGCCUCUGUCUUCCCAGCAGCACCGUGUUUGUUCUGACAGCAGGGGGUGCUCGUUCAUUCAGGCUGUUAACGAACCUGUGUACACCUGGGUAUGUAUUGGGAUACUGAGCACUCGAAAUAUGUGUGAGCAACUGUGUGCAGCUAUGUUACAUACUAUAUUGCACAUCCCUGGGGAGCGUAUCUUUGGGAAGUAUCCCAAAGAAAGAUAUUUUCUACACACACACACGCACAAAAAGGAAUCCCACCAAGAGAGACUUGGGUAAGGGGAGAGCAUCGGAGGUGUUCAAGAGUCAGUGCGUUUACAUGAGGUUUUCACAGAAUGUUUUUCAAGCACAAAAAUAUUCCUUUUAGAGACGGGGGAAAAGUUAAGUGAAGUAGAACUAAUGCUUUGUAUUUUGUUAUCUGAACUCAGAGUAAGAUCUCACCAGAGUUAUCAAAACCACGUGCUUGCUUAUUCAGAGGCAGUAUCUUAAGUUACUGAAGUUACUGUUCAAAUAGAUUUGCUGGUUACAUUAUCUUGUGGUGCCUGCUGUUUGUCUGACUUGGUUCUUUCAAAGGAAAUAGCUCCUAUGGUACAAGGGUUUCUUCAUUGUUUAAAAAAAAAAAAAAAAAAA